ACAAAUGUUUAGAAGAGUGUGAGUGAUCUGACAGACUGCACACUUGUCUCUGUACUCUGCUGGACGUCUUCUGAUCGGCUGCUGCCAUGAAGCUGAAGUUCUGCUUCUUGUUCGUCCUCUUUGCGGUGCUCCUCAUACCGGCUGAGCUGAAACAUAAAAAGCACAAGAAACAUCGCCAUGAUCACGACCACCAGGAUCAUGAGCAUAAUGGUCACGGCAAAAAGAAAAACACUUUUAAGGACAUAAUUAACGACAUCUUCUUUUCGGCCGUUGAUGGAGCUUCCGAUGACGAUGAGGAGGAUGAUGACGACUCAAGUGACUGGCUUUAUGAACUUCAGGAGCCAGAAGGUGUGUGCAAUCCAAACCCGUGUCACCAUGACGGAGUGUGUGAGCAGAAAGGAAAGAGAAAGUUCAAAUGUGAUUGCCCGAGACCUUUCAAGGGGAAGAAAUGCCAGAAAGGUCCAAAAUUUUGCCGUAGAGGGAGGUGUGGGCAUGGAGAGUGCGUGCUGACCUCGGCCCCUCCGUUUUACGAGUGUAAAUGCAAAGCGCCUUUUCAGCCCCCGAACUGCAGAACAUAUUCCCUGUGUGAGCCCAACCCAUGCGGGAACGGAGGGACAUGCGUCACAGAGGGAAAGGACUUCGACUGCCAGUGUCCGCAAGGCUACAGAGGACGAUUCUGCCAUGUCGGCCCUGACGACUGCUAUGUGGACGACGGAGAGUCUUAUCGGGGGAAAGUGAGCGAGACAGACGACGGCGACGAAUGUCUCUACUGGAACUCUCACUUCAUCCUCGCCAAUGGAGUUGACCCCUUCAAAUCCUUCGAGGACAAAGACGGACUCGGCCCUCACAACUUCUGCAGGAACCCGGAUGGCGAGAGGAUGCCCUGGUGCUUCUUCAGACGAGGACGCCGCCUGCUGUGGGACUACUGUGACGUGGUCGAGUGUCCUGAUCCAACAGGUGUAACACCCACUGACGUCCCCCCUACCUCUUCCAGACCCACAGAUCCACAGCCUCAACCCACAAAACCUCAACCCGCAAACCCUCAACCCACAAACCCUCAACCCACAAGUGACGCCAAACCAACAACCACCCUGCCCCCGACUACCCAGAACCCCAGCGAGGCUCCGUCCACUUUUCCUGCACCAACCACUCCUCUGAUCCCCAGCACCCCUGCAUCCCCUCAGCAGUUCACCACCUGUGGGAAACCUCAGCCGAAGAAAGCCAUCACCAGGAUCUUUGGGGGUCUGAAGGUGGCUCCAGGUGCGAUCCCCUGGCAGGUGUCCGUGCAGGUGAGACCGAAGAACUCCAAACAGGAGUUCCAACACUUGUGUGGAGGAGUUCUCAUCGAGAGCUGCUGGGUGCUGACGGCCGGGCACUGCAUAGAGUUGAGGAAGGACAUGCAGGUGUUGAUGGGGACUCUGUCUCUGGACACUGAGGAACCUUCAGAACAAACUGUGAAUGUCGAGGAGGCGAUCCGUCACGAGAACUACAGAGAGACUUCAUCAGCUGUUUACAACGACAUUGCGUUGUUGAGGCUGAGCGGGGCUAACGGAGUUUGUGCCAAUGAGACUCAGUUUGUGAAGGCAGCGUGUCUGCCUGACGCCCUGCUGCCUGAUGGGAUGGAGUGUACCAUUUCUGGAUGGGGGGCCACAGAGACAUCUAAUUAUGGAUCCAACCACCUGUUAGAGGCCGACGUGCUGCUGAUAAACCAGGACAAAUGCAAUGAACGUGCUGUUUACAACCGGGUUCUGGAUGAUUCUAUGUUCUGUGCCGGUCACCUGCAGGGAGGCGUGGAUUCCUGCCAGGGUGACUCCGGAGGACCUCUGACCUGCAAUCAGAACAACACUCACUCUGUUUACGGUCUGGUGAGUUGGGGGGAUCAGUGUGGACGGAAGAACAAACCCGGGGUCUACACACAAGUCACACACUUCGUGGACUGGAUCAGGUCGAAGACUCAAGCAGCACCUGCAUAAAAACAAACUCCGUAACCCACAGUAGGCCGACGAGCCAGUCUGUGAGGUCACAUCAAGAGUUUUACAAACCUCCAAAAAAUGAAGCGUUUGAUCAAAUUGUUGAUGAUUAAAAGUGUAGUUUGAUCUUCACCUGUUACUCUCUGAUAACCUGAAAUCUUCUGUGAAUCUAAAUGUCAGAAUGUUCUCCUCUUCUCAGAAGUUUUAUUAAAACAUAUGACUGCCCCGAGCACAUGAAGGGGAAAAGGCC